GAAGGCGCUACAUCAUCCGGACUCGCAGCUCUCAGGGAGGUGGAGGACGUGGAGGGGAAAAUCGCCGUGGAACUUAUCGCUGAAGAGGAAGAGGAAGAGGGAGAGGACGAAGCUCUGUGAGCUAGGGGGAUUAAAUUACAACAUUCCCUGAUAGUGGAGAAUAUAGGGUUAAGAUACAGGGUUCAGAAUCAGGUUAGUUGUUUGGAACAAAGGGGUUAAUUAAGACGCCCUCUUUGGACCUAAAAGGGUUAAUUAAUAUCCUCGAGAAGUAUAUACCUUCUCUGGAGUGACUAUAGUAAAGGGUUUUUAAUUUUCUUGGCUCAUGAGUCAUGACUUUUAGUGUACACAUCUGUUAUACUGCUUCUUGUCAUUUUGGUCGUUCAAAAUACUUGAACAGGGUUUUGGAAGAGAGUGAUGAGGUCACGGUUGCCAAGACAACACUGGAUGAAUUUCAAAAACAGAGCGAAGCAGUUGGAAUGCAACUUGAGGAACAAGAAGGAAGAGUGACAACGAUGGAAGAUAUUCUCUCUGAGAUCCUCUCUAAGAUUGGUCAAGUCAAGGACACAUACGAGAGACUACAAGAGCAGGUAAAUGACGUCAUCGAUCUUCACCAGAACGCGGUGGGGGAGCUGAGAGGACAGCUCUCGCAGGUUGAGAGUGCCACGGUCGGGAAGACACAUGACUUGGAGGACCUUCUUCUGGAGAACCAGAGCCGGAUGGAGAAGCUGGAUGCCAUGCUACACAUUGAGAUAGAGAGAAAGGCGGAAAUGGAGAAGGCGAGAAACUGGAUCAUGACGUUUGUUGCUUGGGCCGUCACCAUUGUACUCCACUUCAUCGCCUUCUUCCUGAAACUGUCGUCCCUGCUGAGCACUAAGACUGGAGCUUUGUCAGCAGUUGCCAUAGCAAUCAUUGCAGUAAUCUUACUAUGGACAAGUAUUUCCAGUUAAUGCCCGCCAUCGUUCAGUCAUUGUUUCGUGUGAGUGUGUGUCUUAGUGUUGUCAUAGUAACCACACAACGACGUAAAAUAUUCUUUUGAAUCUCAUUCAUUAUUAUUCUGUCACUCUCAAUUUUUGUGUAUCCAGACUGCAUAGUCUAUAUUAUUACGUGUAACCAGAAAAUUGGGAACACAUGUUGCAUGUUGCGUUCUGCCUGCAGUUGUCUCUACCAUUCCUCCUCUCGUGUCGUAGAGUGGCAACAUUGCCGUGGGCUCAAUUUGCAGUGGGAGAAGUUGAAAACUGAAGCUGCCAAACCUGCCUAGUUGCCCCGCCCCCCUUCUCCAGUCCCCCUAUCACCAAAAGCACAUCUCCACUCGUCACACUGGCACACAGAGAGUGACAGAGGGCUGCUGCUCCGGGCAGUACGCCCACCUCUUUCCACCCCUCCCCCUCCUCACACUCCCACACCUUCCCACACACCCUCCCCCUCUCCCCUCCCUCCCUCCUAUC